AUGAGUGAAAAAGACAUUUCUGAAGAUAAUGAACACUAUGCUAGAAGACUUGCAAAAGAAGUUUCUAGAGAGAUCGCGGAAACGACCGAACGAGUACUCGAGAAAGACAAAAGAAUAACACAACGAGAGCCUAAUUUUUUAGGAACUCUUCCUAGAAGUCAAAGCGCUCUGAAUCUCGGAAAGGAUCGAGACCGCUGCUUUCUAAGAAAUCCGUUCUACGGCGCGGCAUUCGUUCUAGCGCUCCUUGUUCUCGGAGCAAUCACGAUUUCUAUUUUGAAUAACGAAACUAAAUUUGAACGAGAAAAUAAAGUUCAAUCAAAUGAGUCCGGAGAAAAUGGGCUGUUCUGGUAUCUGGACAGAAAAUGCAGGACAAGAGUUGAUCCGAGUUUUUUCGUCGAGCUUUCUACCGACCGCUUUGGAAUGUCUCUUGGAUGUUCUGAUGAGGAGUUGAUUGUCGUUGAACCAGAGGUCUUCUCUCGACGACAUCGAUGGCUCGUCAAGUUGAAAGCGUGGUUUCCAAGUUUCGAUGAGGAUUCCUUGUUCACCGUGAUAAUGGUCGACCCAGAUGUCCCCUCUGUUGAAGACCAAAACUUGCGAUAUUUCCUUCAUUGGGCUGUGGUCAAUAUUCCGAUGCCGCUGAUCAAUUAUUCAGACCAUCAAACUCCAUCAUUUCCUCCUCAACUUGAUCUGUCAACCUGCGACGCUGGUAACAGCUUCAACUGCACCAACGCCAUCGAAUACUUCCCCCCGAAUCCUCCUCUUGGGACUGGGCAACAUCGUUAUCAAUUCCUGCUUUUCUGGCAAAGUGCAAGACUUACUGAGGAUGAUAUUAAAAGAACCUUUUCAAAGGGAGAUUCCGAAAGAAUAAAAUUUGAUCCUGAAGUAUUGAAAUUUGAGUUGAAAAUGAGUUUUACUGCUUCUACAUCUUUCAAAUGCGGUCACUGA